GAAUAAUAUUGAACAUGUGUGUAUAGAUUGAAACAUAAAUACAAACGCGUUUAGCCUCUAUUGAACUACUUUGUACAUAGUACAUUUACUCCAUUUGUGUGUCUUUUUAUAUAAAUUUAACUAAAUCAAAGAUUAUUUACAAACUACAAUGGCUCUCUGUGCUUGCAAAUGUUUAAAUGUUAUAUUACAAUGUGAUAAAAUGGAAGAAAUCAUUGAUAUCGAAAGACUGGAGUUAUCACCGACGGAACAAAGAGACAUUUUUUUCAGUGAGAAAUUGAUAUCCUGCCCAUUAAGUUCACUGAGGAAUACUGUUGUGCAAUCAGCACUUGUCGGAGAUCGUGUUGUGGGACGAUGGACUCUAGAGUCAUGUUUGGCUUGCGGGCAAACAACUUUUGCAAAAUUGCAAGAAAAAGAUUUGGCACUUGUGAAUAAAUCUAUACAGACUACACAAGAAAACAUUAUUAACCUUAAAAAAGCAACAAACUACUCUCCAGUCUUUAACCUGCUUGUACCCGAUUUAUCAAAUGAUGCUGACAUGAAAGAAAAUAUAGAUACUAAUAAUCAUGUUAUAAGUACAAAGAAUAAUUUAUCGUCGAUGGCAGUAAUUGGUUUAAGGAAACAGUUAAAUCAGAACCUGCAGUCACAACUAGAAGCAAUAGAAGAAGCUGUGAGACAGUAUAAGGAACAGAAAUAUGCAGAGUAUGAAGCUUAUAGAGAGAGAGCUCAAAGAGAUCAUAAAAUUUUAUCUAGUAUUAUAAGCAAAACAAGAAACAAUGCAGAUAAUGAAGGUUGGAUGAACAAUAAUAGUGUGGACAAUGGCCCACCAUCUCCCCUCGCCCCACCUCUGCAGAGACGAAGACUGUCCUCCCUUAAAGAUGCUAAGAAGUUUACACACAAUGUUGAAAAGACAAAUGCACAGAUUCCUCAUGAGGAGGAUUCCUUGGAUGCAGAAGAUAUCUUCGACUUAGAGGGCAUGGAUUCUCGAAACAUGGCCUCUGAUUUUGACGACUAUGAUUCCGAUCCGGAGGGCAGCAACGACGAGGGCAUCCACAUAGCGCGCGGGCGCGGCGCGCCGGCCGACAUCGCGCGCUCGCUGCCCGUCAGCGUGCCCGUGUACCCGCACCACGCGUCGCACGCCGAUGUGGACGACUUCGAGGAGACCCAAGACAUAGCGGCGAGCAUCAAGGCGCUGGCGCGCUCGGUGCACGGCGACGUGUUCGAGCUGCCGCGGCCCCGCUUCUCCACGCAGAUCUAGCGCGCCCGCGCCCUCGCCCGCGCCCGCGCCCGCGCCCGCGCCCGCGCCCGCGCCCGCGCCCGCGCCCGCGCCCGCGCCCGCGCCCGCGC